UCGAAGCGCGCACAUCACGUCCCAUCGCUUCCACUGCGCUUUUACGCACGACAUGCACUUGCCAUAACGCUACCGGGAUUUCCCUUUGCCUCGCUGCUGAUUUUUCUGGACUAUAAACCUGUUUUUGGAAUACAUUUGUUUUGGACCACAUGAAAAGUUAACUCGAGAAGAGCUCGGAGAGUCCACGUGAGGAUGGAGACGUUGUUUUACCUGUUGGCCCUCACGUUCGUCCGGGUGUGCUGGGGCCUGGGAUACACCGACACCGGAGUCCAAAGCUACCAAACCGGACAGCGUGCCGCGAGUCGCCACAGGAAUUGGUGUGCAUAUGUGGUAACGCGGACUGUGAGCUGUGUGAUGGAGGACGGCGUGGAGACGUACAUCAAACCUGAUUACCAGCGGUGCACGUGGGGCCAGUGUCCCAGAGUGGCAUACCGCACGUACAGGAGGCCGCGGUAUAAGGUGGCCUAUAAGAUGGUGACAGAGAUGGAGUGGAAGUGUUGCCAUGGUUACUCCGGAGAAGACUGCCACGAGGGGCCGAGGGUCUCCACGACGACGCACACGGGACGGCCCAGAGUCACCCAUACGGGGUACAAUCCUGGAGGAGGAGGAGGAGGAGGAGGAGCAGGGGGGCAAAGUGGCGGAGCAGGGGACAAUGAGAAAAUCCGGGCGCUGGAGGAGACCAUUCGAGGCCUGACCAAAGACCUACACAACAUGCAGACCACCAUCAACGGCAUCAACCAAAAACUUCCUGGUUUGACUGGGAGCAUAAUCCCGUCUGACUCGGCACAGCCUCACAUGAAAGAAACCAUCAACAACAUUCAAAACAAACUGGACCACCUCUACAACAGGACGGAGGUUCACGACCAGACGCUGCUGAACAUAAACAACCAUCUGGUGAACGGAGGGAACGAGCUGGAGGGCGGAGGCCGAGGGGGCGGAGUCACAGGGACUCAACUGAACACUAUGAAGGAGCAGAUCCUCACAGAGCUCGAGAGGAGGGUCACUCUGUCCUGCUCCGCUUGCCAGGCUGGAGUGGAAGACCUGAGGCGGCAGCAGCAGGAGGACCGCGAGCGUAUUCGGGCUUUGGAGAAACUGGUCAGCUCUUUGGACCAACACGUUCGGACGAGCCUCGACAUCACCCGCGCCGAAUCCGAGCGCUCGAAAACCUGCUGCGACUCCCUCAUCGAGCUGGAGAAGAGGCUCACCGACACCGAAGCGCGGGUCACCUCCACGUCCAACAAGUGUGACAUCAUCAAAGGUCGCUUGGACAAGGAGCUGGCGGGUACAGGCGGUGGCGGGAAGGGAAGACUUACUGAAGACAAGCUGAACGGUAGACUGAGGGAGUUGGAGAAAAAGUUAAACAAUACGAUGAGGAAAACGGAGCAAAGAUUUACAAACACUGGCAACAACUUAAAAGAUACCGUACAAAGAGAUGUGACCCAAUUGCGUAACUUAGUGCUUGGACGCUUGGACGAUAAUAGCUUCAAAAUUGGAAAGGUUGAGCUAGACGUUGCAGUUCUUGGAGAUACAGUUAGGGACCAUAGCAGGCGUUUGAACCAUCUCGAAAAUAUCACAUCAUUCUUGGACAAAAAGCUGAGAGAAACCACCAAACUGUGCAACGAGACUUGUGCAAAGAAGACGAAGGACACCCACAAAGCUGAAGACACAGUUAAGACUUUAGAAUGGAAAGUCAUCGCCAACCAGGAUGAAAUAAGAAAAUUCAACACGAGGUUAAACGAUUUAUCGAUUUCCGGAGAUUCGCUCGUUGAUAAAGUGAUAGUUUUAACGAACGACGUGAAGAAAAUCAAAGGUAUUACAGGGGACAAUGGCGAACGCUUCAAUCAGAUAGUGACAGAAGUUGAAACCUUAGGACGAGACCUUGAAGAUUGCUCGGUUUGUAGUCGAGUAGAAGAUGAUUUGAGAAAAUUUAGCAACACCACAUUAACAAGUCUGAACAAAUGUCAAACAGAACUGACCGAUUUGAGACGCAAAGUGGACAAUGAAGAGUCCACGUGCUCCCAAGUGUGUUCCAAUCUCCAAGAGGAAGUAGGCCGUCUGAGGGAGGAGGUGGAGGAGUGUACUGGACAGUGUAAAGUCAACAUCAAUGAUCUGAAAAACCAACUGGAUGGACACAAUGCUCAUAGCGGGAAACUGGGAGGAGAUUUGAAGUCCAUACAGGGAGAACUGGACAGGGUCAGAAACACGUUCAUCUCUCUCAAUGAUACGCUAAAGGGUCUGGGUAGAACUGUGAAGGGCCACGGCAACACACUGACCGAUCUGAGCAACAGCAACCGCAACAUACUGACAGAGGUGGAUCAGUUGGAUAAAGACCUGACUUUUCACACUGACGAUUCCAAAAUUCGGUUCGGAACCUUGGGAAAAGAGAUCGAAAUCCUGAACCGCAAUUACCUGUCAGAGGUGGGAGAGUGCCGGCGCUCUAGUGAUGGCUUGGACCGCAGACUGUCCAAACUGGAGGGCGUAUGUGGGCGGUUCGACUCCUUUUCGGACACUUUGGAGAGGAUCAAGGAGGGUCUGAAUCGUCAUGUGACCGGGCUCUGGAGCUGUGUGAAUGGGUUAAACGCCACAGUGAUUGGGCACGGGGAGGUGAUCCACGAUAUCAGGGACGUUCAGCUGGAGAAGGUUCGAUCGAACAUAAACAAGCUCAACAACUCGCUGCUCAACUUGGCCACGGAGUUCAACAACUUUGUAGAACAAGACUUUAGUGGUCCUCCAGGUUUGCCAGGUCCUAGAGGAGAGAAGGGAGACCGUGGACCACAGGGUGUGGCCGGACCCCAAGGCCGAGUGGGACCCCAAGGACGAGAGGGCAAACAGGGGCCAAUUGGACCUCCAGGACUCAGAGGGGAACAAGGUCUUCCAGGCACUGAUGCCCAUGUGCCCCGUCUCUCCUUCUCUGCUGCUCUCACUCAACCAAUGAGAGGAUUUGGAACUAUCCCCUUCAAUGAAGUCUUUGUCAAUGAGAAUAAUGUUUAUAACCCGAGAACAGGUUACUUCACAGCUCCAGUUCGAGGAAAGUACUUCUUCAGUGGCAUUCUCACUGGUCACAAGAACAUGAAGAUUGAGGCGGUCCUGUCCAAAUCCAACAGGGGCGUGGCGCGGGUGGAUUCGGCUGGGUACCAGCCUGAGGGUCUAGAGAAGCCCAUGGCAGAGGCCAAGCAUAUCCCUGGAGCUGUAGCUGUGUUCAACAUCAUCCUGGACCUGCAGGCAGGGGACACAGUGUGCAUUGACCUGGUGACAGGACGACUGGGAUACUCCUCUGAACCUUUCACCGUCUUCAGCGGGAUGUUACUGUACGAGACGCAGUGAGAGGGCGCUGUGAGGGGACGCUGUGAGUGGGAGCUGUGAUUCUUUUUGUUACAGGCAUGCAGCCAACCAGAAGAAAUAGAGUCAUCAAAAUAGAUAAAUAUCAGUAUCACAGUAAAUGAGGAGACAAGAUGAGGAGACGACAUGAGGAGGGAUUAAAACUGAAACAGAGACAAAAGACUCUCAGAGCCACAGACUCUACAUGUCUAAGACUGAGCAAAUGAAGAAUGAGUGAAGACUGAAUGGAACAAGUGACUUAUUAUAUUGUACUGUAUUUUGUGCUCAAAGGCAGCACAAUAUGGCAUUUUACUCAAAGAGUUAAGCUGAAAGGUUUUCCGCUUUUUAUCAAUGACAUAAGCUCUAAGCAAAUUUUUGCAGUGCAAAGCAGAGUGCGUACAUUUUAAUAAACAAAAGGGCAACAGUAGGACUGUGGAGAAGACAAAAGGCUUAUAUACAGCUGUUUGAUUCAUAUGCUGCAUUUUACCACACCAGCUGAAGUUUAGAGAGUGUAUUAGGCCAAUAUGGGACUGGUCUUGACUCAUGUUUGUUGUUGUCAUUGCCACAUUUCAAUGAUAAUACAAUGAGAUUUUUGCAUUUAUUGGCACAUACUAUGUAUAUAUGUAUGUACCCUGUACUUCUUUGAUUGGGCGAGGUGAUUUAAUAGUUUCUUUUAUUUAGUUUAGUGUGUGGCAUACACUCUACAACUGAUCUUCUGCCACCACUACAGGCAAUUGCAUUUCCAAAAAAUCUCUGUACUGUCUCUGGCUGUCCUGUGCUUUACGUUGUUACUGAAGGCACUUUUAUUUCUUUUUUAUUUUCUAAAAAGCCACUUCAGUGUUAUAUAAAACUCCUACAGAACAGUUCUAUAAAAGUUGUUCCAGAUGAAGGAUGAAAGGCCGGUGGAGGUGAUAAAACUGUGGAUUGUUUCUUGUCUUUUGAGCCGAGUCCCCCCACAGUCUGUCUCAUUCACCCAUUUCCUGAGUUCACUUCUUUUUUUUCUUUAUACUUACAGUUUCACUUUGACCACAAUUCAAUUCCCAGAAACAUAACGGUCAAUGCCAAUUGUCUUGGAAAAAUGCAAUGUGAUUCAACCGUCCGGGGGAGGGACACGGGGCCAAACCACCAUUCUUAUGUGCACAAAUGAAGUCACUCCCUACUCCGUCACAAACCACAACAUUAUAAAUCAUACAAGGGCAAAACAAAGAGCUUUUAGGCUAUUUUCAGAAACACAGUGGGAGAAAACUUUAAUGCAUGAAAGGAAGUUUAUGUAGAUUUUGCAUACAGCUGUAGAAGACAAAUGAGAAGUGACAGCAAUAACAAAACAAGUAGUUGAUCAACGCUACUAUUAUUUUUACAUUACGUUAGCAAAGGACUUGAUAAUGCACUGCUUCUUAUUGGAAAACAUGGGCUAUCUCCAUUUACUGUAAGAUGACCUUGAGCAGUGCCCCCUCCUGUGCUUACUUAUAGAAGAUAACUAUAAUGUUAUGAACACACAUUAUAUAAAUUCUCAUUACAUAGCAAAGUUAUACAAGGGCAAAACAACGAUCCAUUUUCAGCAGUUUGAAGAAUCUUAGCAGGAGGGAAUUUCUGGCCAGAGGGAAAGUGGAUUGUCAAUGUCUCCUAAUAUGGGGCGAUGUAAAACCAGAAAGAUAAAGUCACUCAGCUGCUGCCUUGUACUGUGUAAUUUUGAUUAAAACUAAACAAAUACUAAGCUAAACCUAUAGUCGUGUUUCUACGCCACAAAUCCCACCUCUGUUAUGAACAAGAUACUGAGAAUUAUUUUGUUGUAGAUACUCCGAAAUGGACAGAAAUAUAUGCUUUAUUAUUAUGAGUCACCACCAGUACUUUUUCUAUUUUUACAUGAAUGAAUAUGACAGUUUUAAUGUAUAUUUAUAUGCAAGAAACAGCUACAUAAUGAGCUGGGAUGUAAUUUUGUAAGUUUCUAUGCAAGAUAUAACUUUGAAAGAUAAGAAUGUAAAUAUUUUAUAGAUAUUUGUGUUACCACUCUCUCACCAAUUACAGGUACCGCCAGUGUUUUGUAUGGUUUUUUCACAUGUGUCUGAAAUACAGAGAUUCACAC